AGGGCGCACCGAGGGGCGGAGUUUGUUGGGGGAAGAUGGCGGCCGCCAGGGGCCUGUCCCUAACGGCCACGGCCCUAAGAGCGGUCAUUCCCUGGCGGAGGGGCAGGCUCUCCGCAUCCUGUCCGGGACUUCAGACGCGUUGGGAGGCGUCAUCUUCCAGCCCCGAGGCUAGCGAAGGGCAGAUCCACCUUACAGACAGCUGCGUCCGGAGGCUUCUGGAAAUCACCGAAGGGUCAGAAUUCCUCAGGCUGGAGGUGGAGGGAGGUGGAUGCUCGGGAUUCCAGUAUAAAUUUUCACUGGAUACAGUUGUCAACCCCGACGACAGGGUAUUCGAACAGGGUGGGGCAAGAGUUGUGGUUGAUUCUGAUAGCUUGGCCUUCGUAAAGGGGGCCCAGGUGGACUUCAGCCAAGAACUGAUCCGAAGCUCUUUUCAAGUAUUGAACAAUCCUCAAGCAGAGCAAGGCUGCUCCUGUGGGUCAUCCUUCUCUGUCAAACUUUGACUUGAUGACUAGUGAUCCAGAGAUUGCCAUCAGUUGUACCAAUCUGAGGAACUGCGAUUAGUAGAAUUCUAGAAGUUUCCUUCUAAUCAUGUCCCUCUCUCAAUUUUAUUUUUCUUAAUUCAGAAGUGUUGUGUUUUUCCACUAUUAUUUUCAGAAUGUGAAGCUUUUACACUUGGCCUAAAUUACUCCCCAGCUCCUAUACAAUGCUAAGGCCAAGCUUAUAGAUGUUGUUACCUCAUAUUUAAUUACUAGUGUACUCUAUAGAGCCUCCAAUCCUCCAAAAUUGGAGUUACUUUUCUAGCCUCCAGAAUGUUUGAACAUAUAUGUAUAACAAUGUAUAAAAGCCUAAGUUUAAAGAAAGUCCUUAGAGUGUUUUGGAUCAAUUUUAUAGAUUGGGUAACUUGAACACUGAUUACUAGGUCAGAACUGAUGAGAAAGGCAUAUGAAUUGUUAUCUUUUUCAUUUCACCCUUUCACACCCCCACCCCACCCACCUUCUGGGGCUUGAAACAGGAGUGCUCUACUGCUGAGCUACACCUCCAGCCCUUUUUGGUUUUUAUAUACAUUUUUUUUCUCACUGAGUUAUGCAGGUUCAACUUGAACUUACAAUUCUCCUGCCUUAGCCUCCCAAGAAGCAGAGAUUACAGGUAUGUGCCACAAAUUAGCUUCACAUUUCACCCUUUAUGAGUGUGCUACUGACAUUUUCUUAUUUUCUAUGCAGCCCAUUAACUACUUCCCAUGUGAUAUUGUCAUAUUCACAGAUCUGCUAGGAUUUAAAAAAAACAAGAGCCAUCCCCCAUAAAACUUGGGACAAACUCUGGUACCUGAAUAACUUGAAAAAUAGACUCGAUACUCUGUAUUCAUACAGACAUUUCAAGAUCUGUGACCAUUUAGUAAUCGAAUCCUAUUAGGAUAUGUUGCUUCAUCUUCCUUAUGGUAUAAAAUGUCUUUCUUAUGCAUAGUUGAAAGUGUAACUCCAUUAUGUAGCUAAUAGAGGUCUUCUUGUUUUUUCCCAGUACUGGGGAUUGAACCCAGGGGCACUUAACCAUUGAGCCACAUGCCCAGUUUUUUUUUUUUUUUUUUUUUUUUUGUUUUUUUAAAUAUUUUAGAUACAGGGUCUCUGCUGAGGCUGGUUUUGAACUUACAAUUUUCCUGCCUCAGCCUCCCAAGGUGCUGGGAUUACAAGCAUGCACCACCAUGCCCAGUAAUAGAAGUCUUUUUAUUUUUUAAAUAUUUUAAAAUUUGUUCUUGUUAGUUAUACAUGAUAGUAGAGUAUAUUUUUGACAUUAUACACAUAUGAAUUUAACUUCUCAUUCUUCUGGUUGUACAUGAUGUAGAAUUACAUUGGUUGUGUAAUCAUAUGUGUACAUAGGACAGUAAUGUCUGAUUCAUUCUACUAUCUUUCCUAUUCCCAUUCCCCCUCCCUUCCCUUCAUUUCUCUUUGUCUAAUCUAGAGUACUUCUUUAAUAGAGGUCUUUUUUAAGAGUGGGUUACCAAUGAAAUGCAAACUGCCUAGUUAAAUUUGAAUUUCAGAUGAACAACAAUUUUUUUAAUAUCAUUUAAUCUUUGUAAUAUAAGUAUGUCUACUCUUUGUCUACAAUACAUAACAUUUAUGUGCUAAACAUGGCAAUCCUACUUUAGGGUGUCUAAAUGAAAAGAUUUUAAACCACAAAUUCCAGUGCAUUUUAAAGUAUUUGUUUAGGUUUGCCUUUAAAUGGGUUAUGGAGGUUCAAAUAAUUCUAUUAUGAUGCUAGGGGACCCAGAAUAGUAAAGACAGAAAACUGAAAAAGAAUUUGCACCACCAUCAUAACAAAUAAUUUUUUAAAUUUUUUGGCACCUGGAGGCACUUUACCACUGAGCUACAUCCCCAGUCCUUUUAAUUUUUUAUUUUGAGAAAGUCUUGUUAAGUUGCUAAGAGUCUUGCUAAAUUUUCACUGUGGCCUCAAACUUGUGAUCGUCUUGCAUCAGCCUCCUGAAUUGCUAGGAUUACAGAUGUGAAUCACUGCAUCCAGCUAACAGAUAACUUUUUAAUACUAAUGUGGGGGAAACCACAAUCAGGUUGAUUCUGAGAGUUGUGAUUAAAUCCAUCUUUCACUUAAAGUUUGUUAUAGCAGAAACUUGAAUCUCUGGACUAGAUAGGAAUUAAGGUCAUUUGAUAUGAAAAUUCAUUAUUAAAAAUAGUGAAAAUAAGGGCUAGGGUGGUGGCUCAGCAGUAGAGUGCUUGCCCUGGGUUUAAUGUGAGGCCCUGGGUUUAAUCCUCAGCACCACAUAAAAAUAAAUAAAUAAAAUAAAGGUAUUGUGUUCAACUACAACUAAAAAAUAAAUAUUUAAAAAAAUGAGGGGCUGGGGUUUUGGCUCAAGCUGUAGCGCACUCGCCUGGCAUGCGUGCGGCCCGGGUUCGAUCCUCAGCACCACAUACAAACAAAGAUGUUGUGUCCGCCGAAAACUAAAAAAUAAAUAUUAAAAUUCUC